AUGGUAAACUCAAGCACUGACUCAUCACACCGCAUCACUCAGCCACCAACACCCCCAAACACCUCCACCCCCACCUCAGACAUGCAGCUCCCCAAGCGCCUCCACCAUCCUCCCCAACCCCUCUCCAUCAACCUCAAACCCAAUUUCCCCUGGCCACCACCAUCAUCUCCAACCCCUCUCCAUCAACCUCAAACCCCAUCACCCCUGGCCACCACCAUCCUUUCCAAACCUCUCCAUCAACCUCAAAUCCCAUCACCCCGGGACACCACCAUCAUCCCCAAACCCUAUCCAUCAACCUCAAACCCCAUCACCCCUGGCCACCACCAUCCUCCCCAACCCUCUCCAUUAACCUCAAACCACAUCACCCCGGGACACCACCAUCCUCCCCAACCCCUCUCCAUCAACCUCAAACGCCAUCACCCCUGGCCACCACCAUCCUCCCCAAACCUCUCCAUCAACCUCAAACCCCAUCACCCCGGGACACCACCAUCCUCCCCAACCCCUCUCCAUCAACCUCAAACCCCAUCACCCCGGGACACCACCAUCCUCCCCAACCCCUCUCCAUCAACCUCAAACCCCAUCACCCCUGGCCACCACCAUCCUCCCCAACCCUCUCCAUCAACCUCAAACCCCAUCACCCCGGGACACCACCAUCAUCCCCAACCCUCUCCACGUCAACCUCAAACCCCAUCACCCCGGGACACCACCAUCCUCCCCAACCCUCUCCACGUCAACCUCCAUUCAGGCCAAUUCGUUCAUCAUCCCCAGACAUUCACUGAUGAGACAUUCACUGAUGAGACAUCCACCGAUGAGACAUUCACUGAUGAGACAUCCACCGAUGAGACAUUAACUGAUGAGAUAUUCACUGAUGAGACAUCAACCGAUGAGAGAUUCACUGAUGAGACAUUCACUGAUGAGACAUCCACCGAUGAGACAUUCACCGAUGAGACAUUCACCGAUGAGACAUUCACUGAUGAGACAUUCACUAAUGAGACAUUCACUGAUGAGACAUUCACUGAUGAGACAUUCACUGAUGAGACAUCCAACGAUGAGACAUUCACUGAUGAGACAUCAACCGAUGAGAGAUUCACUGAUGAGACAUUCACUGAUGAGACAUCCACUGAUGAGACCGAUGAGACAUUCACCGAUGAGACAUCCACCGAUGAGACAUCCACCGAUGAGACAUUCACCGAUGAGACAUUCACUGAUGAGACAUCCACUGAUGAGACCGAUGAGACAUUCACCGAUGAGACAUUCACCGAUGAGACAUUCACCGAUGAGACAUUCACUGAUGAGACAUCCACCGAUGAGACAUCCACCGAUGAGACAUUCACCGAUGAGACAUUCACUGAUGAGACAUCCACCGAUGAGACAUCCACCGAUGAGACAUUCACCGAUGAGACAUUCACCGAUGAGACAUUCACUGAUGAGACAUCCACCGAUGAGACAUCCACCGAUGAGACAUUCACUGAUGAGACAUCCACCGAUGAGACAUCCACCGAUGAGACAUCCACCGAUGAGACAUCCACCGAUGAGACAUUCACCGAUGAGGCAUCCACUGAUGAGACAUCCACUGAUGAGACCGAUGAGACAUCCACCGAUGAGACAUCCACCGAUGAGACAUCCACCGAUGAGACAUUCACCGAUGAGACAUUCACUGAUGAGACAUCCACUGAUGAGACCGAUGAGACAUUCACCGAUGAGACAUCCACCGAUGAGACAUUCACCGAUGAGACAUCCACCGAUGAGACAUCCACCGAUGAGACAUUCACCGAUGAGACAUUCACUGAUGAGACAUUCACCAAUGAGACAUCCACCGAUGAGACAUCCACCGAUGAGACAUUCACCGAUGAGACAUUCACUGAUGAGACAUUCACCAAUGAGACAUCCACUGAUGAGACAUCCACUGAUGAGACAUCCACUGAUGAGACCGAUGAGACAUCCACCGAUGAUACAUCCACCGAUGAGACAUUCACCGAUGAGGCAUCCACCGAUGAGACAUUCACCGAUGAGACAUUCACCGAUGAGACAUUCACAGAUGAGACAUUCACCGAUGAGGCAUUCACCGAUGAGACAUUCACUGAUGAGACAUUCACUGAUGAGACAUUCACCGAUGAGGCAUCCACCGAUGAGACAUUCCGAAAAUCAGUCUUCUCAUGA